AACACUAGACCGAAGGUGAUUUCUUUAGUUUAAAUUAGAUUCGCUUUCAGUAUAGUGUCUCAUUCAGAGGAAGUCAGUUGAGUCCUAGACGGUAGAAUUACAAUAAUAUUCAAAAUGCGAGUGGCUACAUUGGUGCUUUUCACAGUUCUAUGCAUUAUUUUCUGCGAGAAAUCAAAUGCAACCAUAGAUCUUUCCAAUGUGGACCUAUCGAAAUUCGAAUAUUUCAAAAAUAAGGUUGAAUCUAAAGUGAUGGCGAAAGCACAACAGGCAAUGCAACUAUUAGCACCGCUCGCGGGUAAAGUGGAGAAAGCCAAGGCAGUGGCCACAUAUUUCCAAAAUGUUAUACUCGGUAAUCCAGAACAUACUAAGGAGGAAAUCAUCGAAUUCGAUCCUCAUUUCGGAGAAUCCUGGCAUCCUCACUACGAACAUCACUAUGGACCAAGGGGAGCGCAUUUAAUUGAGGUCCUGGGGCAUGGAUAUUCUCCAAGGCAACUACACGAAUAUGGAGCUAUCUAAGGAAUCUGGUGGAUAUUGGAAGAGUGCAUUAUUGGAUGGGUGCCAUUGUUGUAUAAUAGCAUGAAAAUUUUAUCUAAGAGAGUGCUUAAUAGUUAAUUAUGAGAAAUACACUUUUAUAAAAAUCUUAA